CAUUGCUAGAAAUGUUUUGUAAGCACUGGGUGCUGGCUUGGUGCUUUCACUCCCCCACUUGCCUCCAGAGUAACUUGCUUGACCCUCCCCAGAUCACACCAGAAGAGAAACCCCUGGGCCUACGGUAGAGGUGACUCAUAUUGGAAAUCAGAUUCUCUGGCCUGGCGCCCAGAACUGCAGUAGGCAUGGGCCAAGUUCUUAUCAGGCCAGCUGGAGAAAGGGCUUCCAGGGGCCGUCGCUUCCUUUGCCGCCAGACAGCACGUGUCGGGAACGAGCUGUCGGUGGAAAGAGCCGUAAACAGGGCAGCAGAGGAAAUUCUGUGGUCAUCACCUAGGGCAGACGGUAGGAACAAACAACACCGCAGGAAUGUGGCCUAAUCAGCUGGGGUUUCCAUUAAGGCUGAGGCCAGUAGCAUUUCCUUGCGGGAUUCCAGCUGGACACUGAAGCAGAGGCUGAGAAACCGUUUGCCUAAGUCAACCCAGGUGCACGCAAAACCCAGUCGCACGAGCUGCAGUUCCAGGGCAAAGGAGUGCUGCAAACACCUUGUUGAUUUGACUACGGAGAGUUUGGUGUAGUGGUCAGAGUGUCAGAUUAGGAUCUGGGAGACCCGGGCUCAAAUCCUCCCUCUGCCACGGGAGCUCCCAGGGUGACCUUGGGCCAGUCACACAAGCCCAACCAAAUCUGUUUGAGGAUAGAAUGGAGAAGGGGGGGGAUGCUGUAAGCCAUUCCAGGUCCCCGUUGGAGGGGAAAAAAUGGGUAUAAAUGUUGGGAUCCGAGCAUAAAGAAAGUUCUGUCCGCUCAGCUUCCUAGCAAAAGACCGUGCUCAGGCUUUUCCUCCCCUCUCCAAAUCCAGGUGGUGUUUAGAGGACACAAACAGUGCCAGAAAAUCCUCUAGGAGUUGGAAGCUGGAGGUUGCGCGCACACGAUGGAUGCCCCAUUUUCUGUUUAACUUUUGUACCACAGAGAGGCUUCUGCGAUAUGCCCGGUUGAAAAAUGAGCACACAGGAGUUUUUCUUCACUCCUCCUGCCUAUGUUAGAAGCAUUGCUGAUGGAUAGCUUCACUUGAGGCAUCAGCUUCAUUCUCCUGACGCAGCCUUCCCCAAACUUCUACGGACAGAGACUCUUCUAAAUUAAAAGUGGAAAUGCCACUGGUUCUUACACUUGUGCCCUCUAAGAACCAAUGUUUUUGAGAGCUUGUGCAAUGAAGGUGCCAGUUGCUGUUGUUCGCCUGCCCCGAGGGCCAGAUGGGACAAGCCGUGGCUUCGAUCCCAACUCUCCUCGCUUCCAGGCCUUGGGGCCCAGCAGCCUUUCCUCCUUGGUCACCCCAAAUACAGCCGAGCUGGAGGAAGAGCAGCAAGGGCGGGUGCUGCUGCGAGAACGCUACCUGCGCAGCCUACUGGCCAUGGCCAGGCAGCCUGUCAGCUUCGCUAUGUAUGAGAAGGUCAACGUCACGGCGUUGUUCGGAGCAUCCGACAUUGACAUCCUGAAUUUCCAAGUAUCUGAACUGCAGACUCCAUUGGGGGUACAGAGAGAAGCCCUUCUCCGCUGUUCAGAUAUCAUUGCCUAUUCCUUUGAACUUUAAAGGUCUGCAGGAUCCUCCCUUAUUUUGAAUAAAGAAUCUACAAUAGACUGGCA